UUUCGAAACCCAAUUGCACAAACCCAUACGCCAUCAAGUUAGUAAAGACUGUUCCGGAGACGACCAAACUCCAAAGCCAGAAACUUUUUUUUUUCUUUCCAAAAACUGUAAUAAAAAUUUGCUUGACGAGGAAGCAAAAUCAAAUCACAAGUAGAAGGAGAAAAAUCGUGGGGAUGACAUCAAAUUAGGGUUUUGAAACCUUCAUUUUCUUUCGCGACGAUACUAUAGUCUCUCGAGAAGCGGUAUAAUACGGAAGAUCCGAGUCGGGUUUCGCGAUAUUUCAAUCGGAUCCGAUGGAGCCGCCUCCUCCCUCCGGAUCCCAACCACCGCAGAAAGCUGUUCCCAGACUGGCUACAGUCGGAUGGCGAACUAUGUUGAUCUUCAAUCUCGGCCUUGCAGCUUUUAUAUUUGCGAAAAAAAGAGAAAGAGACAUUGAUGUGGGCGAAAAAAUGGGAGUUAAAAAGGGUAGUAAAGGUGCGAAAAAGAGUGUUGUUAACACCGAGGUCGAGAAGAACGUUUCAGAAACUGACAAGGCUACGAAACCAGAAACUGCAGUACCGAAGAAGGAAGAAGCCAAACCGGUCCCUAAACCGGAUCCUCUGUUUGAGUUUACAGAUUCAGCAGCAGCUGAUGAGUUGGUGUUUCAGGGUGGUGCAGCGACUGAGCCUGUACAGGUAGCAAGGAAACCGAUUCCAGAAGAUGAGCAAAGGGAGCUUUUCAAGUGGAUCUUGGAAGAGAAAAGGAAGAUUGAACCAAAAGACAGGAAAGAGAGGAAACAAAUCGAUGAAGAGAAAGCUGUCUUGAAACAUUUCAUUCGUGCAGAGAGGGUUCCAAAACUUCUCCCUGAUGAUUCUGUUGAUUCUUCACUUCGUGAUUGGGACAAAUUCUUCUCCUCCAAGUAGAAGAGAGAAACAUAAGACUAAUAUUACUUGUUUUACUUGUUGGUACACUCAUUGCUUUUCUUACUACAUUGAUUCUGUUGACUCUAAUCAACGAACAGUUCAAAAAAAAACAGCUUGAAUGUGAUCUCUUAACGAACUUUGGGUGUUAUUU